CAAUUGGCUUGUCCAAGGCAGAUGUCAGCACGCUGUACGUUCUCCAAAGACAAGGAAGCGAGUCGAUUAGACCCUCGAGCCGCGAUGGCCACGACGAGCGAGCCGUUGCUGGAACGUCUCCUGCAGAACCCGCAACAUCCCCGGUUCCGAGACCGUCUUCCAGAGGGUCUCCUAAGGAUGGGACGCACUGCGCAACGUAUGGGCAACAGCAGCGACCACGAAGUGCGAAAUUUCAUUGUAUUCUCCUGUCUCAUCGGGGUCGUCCUAUUGUUGUCUUUCUUCGCCGUCCCCAACCGCAGUAGAGCGACCAGCGCGACUAAAGGGGCCUUCGACUCCUGGAACCAGGAGGGAGACAUAUCGUCCCAGACGGAACGUCGAAGUCUUCUGCCCCGUAACGUCGUCCCGUUCCAGUACGACCUGGAACUGAACGUCAGCCGUCCGGAACAGCUAACUUACCACGGACGCGUCAAUAUCGUGCUCGAGUGUCUUGUGCGGGGAUCGACGACGAUAACGUUACACGCCGCGAACUUAUCUGUCCACGACGUGAACAUCAGCACGUUCACCGGAAAUCAACAGAUCACGCAUAUCAUUGUGAAGAAGAGUGACACUGAAGACGUCGUGGUGCUCGACUUGGGCUUUGAGAUGAUUGACGCAACAGUGUACAACCUGACCAUGUUGUUUGAAGGAACAUACAGGAACGAUACUAUCGGAAUGUUUGCAAGAAGCUUUGACGGCUUGGACAGGAAGGUUUCUACGAUUGUCACCACUAACUUGCUGUUCGGAAGGGCCAGGUUUGUGUUCCCGUGCCUUGAUGAACCUGACAUGAGGGCUGCUUUCAACGUGUCCUUAAUACGACAGCGAGAGUUUGAUGUUGCCUUCAGUACGGAGGUGCAACAGACGCGGAUACUGGAGGGAGACGACAGGAAAGACACGUUUGCGAUGACGCCACCCAUCGCUCCGUUUCAGCUGGGUUUCAGUGUGUUCAAAAAUUUCGAUUCUAUUAACGACGGGUACUCGCGACUUUUCGCGCUCCCGUCUGAAAUUUCCGACCUCCAUCUGGCACUCAAAGCGUCGGUGAAGAUGUUGAAAUACUUGGAAGCGACAUUGGGACCUUCGGUAGCAUACCCUUUUCACAGAUACCAAAUUGUUGUGUUACCGAACCUUCUAGAUUCUGUUCAGCCCAGUUGGGCUCUGAUAACGAUGGCUUCGAGUAGCAUCAGCUACGACGAAGAUAACGGAGAUACUAGUCGGCUCGCGGACGUCUUGUCGAGCUUGGCGCAUGCUGUUGCUCACCAGUGGCUCGGAAAUCUCGUCUCGCCGAAAGCGUGGGCUGAUAUCUGGUACAUCGAAGGCCUGGCGUCUCUGUUUGAGGACCUUAUGCUGAAGUGGGUGUACCCUGACCAAGUACCGCCGAGUUACUUUGGCAAGAAGACACGCGAGGUAAUGAACAUUGAAGAUGCGAAGGGACAGAACAGAGGUCGCCUCACAUCAAUGUCUUCUGUAUGCUACAACCCAGUAGUAAGGAAGGCCAGGGUUAUCAUGGACUUGCUCUUCGAAAGUGCUACCCCGGACCUCUUCUUGAACGCCCUUAUAGAGUUUCUGAAGAACAACAGCUAUCAUUCUGCGAACGUGCGAGAUUUACUCAUCGUUUUCACAGAAAAGUCCGGGAUAUCGGAUAUGUCUUGGAAAAUUGAGUCCUGGAUUCGAAACGUCGGCUAUCCGCUUGUACACGUCAGGAGACUGUCUCGUCGCAGGAGGGGUUUCAAACUGACCCAGGGAUCGUUUUGCUGGAAUAACCGACGGUGUUUCAAUCAAACUUGGCCCACCGCUGUCAAGUACAGCGUCUUUCGAAACGGCUCGGAGUUAUGGAACGGAAAGGUGUGGCUUCUGAAGCAAGAAACGGAGCUGCACAUCAACAUCACCACCAGCGACACGGUUCUCUUCAAUUCCGACGGUACGGGUUUUUACCGUGUGAACUACGAUCCAGCAGAGUGGGCUAGGGUUGUCACCGCACUUCAGGAGAGUCAUGCCAGUAUCCAUCCUUCGAUGAGGCUCAAGCUUCUGGACGAUCUGUUCAUCAUGGCCGAGACUGGCUUAACGCCGUACACAUAUUUUUUCUCAGCAGCUUCCUAUUUACAAAACGAGACCGAUAUGAAUGUCUGGAGCGUCUACGGGGACAUUGCCACAUACCUGGACAAAUUCCUCUUGCCGAGCCAGCUCGGGGACCGAUGGAGAGCUUUCAACGCGAAGCUGUCUAAUCGUCUGAUCGCCUCCUUCGUUCAGGCCUCAUCUAGCGGCGCGACGAAGGCGCUUAAGACUGCCAUUUUUAAACACGCUUGCUGGUACGGCGAGGAGCAUUGUUUGUCACUGUCGCGGCAGGUCUUGAACACGUACAUCACAGAAGGUGCGACAAGGACAACACACGUCCUUCCAGAUGCCGUCCUUCUCUGCACGGGCAUUCGAUACGGGAGUGCAGAAUCGUGGGAUAUGCUCUGGUCCAAGGUAUUCUCGUACUCGUCAAAGGCACCGUUCAGCUACACGCUGGUGCCCAUCUUGCAGGGCUUGAGUUGCACGUCAGACCCCGCGCGGUUGUGGAGACUUUUGAACGCAACCCUAACGUCGGACCUCUUGAAGAAGCACCACUCGUUCGUGCUUCGUUCAGCGGCCGUGUCAAGUAUGGCAACGCAUGUCCUCGUGGAUUUCGUCUUCAAGAACUGGGACAUGAUAGGCAAGACCGGCGAUGACAGGCUGACGGCGGAUGAAGCGUUUGGGAUGGUAGCGAAGGAAGCAAGGAGCCCGAGCGCGAUAAGUGUACUCUCGCAGCCACCUCAGAAGCUUCAGCGUUUGGAGAUCAUCUCCGCGGCUCACCUCGAGGCGACGGCGAGAAGCCAGAGUGAUUUGACGUGGCAUCGGGAUCAUGCUGGGGAUUUAGUGAAAGCGCUGUCGAAUGUCGCUGUUGCUAAUACUCGUAUGAUAAGUGCAUAAACGUGUUCAAUGGCAAUUGAA